GACAGCGCGAGCUGCAGCCCGAGCGGGAGCGCGAGACGCGCCUCUGGAACGUAGAGUAACAAUCACAAUCCCCACAUUCCAAUUCCGAACGGGAUGUGACAAGAGGCAGAACCGACGGAGAGCCAUGCACCCUACGUGAGCUACGGCAGCCGCGGCAGCCGGGGACGGGGCCAGGGGCUGUUGAACCCCAGGCUGCUCCUUUCAUCUGGUGUGCGUCCGGGAAGCAGCGGCGGCGGCUCAGCGUGUGCAAAAGCUUACAGCCACCAGGCGGAACAUCCAGUGCUGCAGGAGGGCCAGGACGGCUGCCAGCGGCUCCCCCUAAACCCUUUCUCCUGUUGCCCUCUCUCUUCCCUUCCUCUUACUCUUUCCGUUCCUCUUGUUCCUCUUCCCUCCGGAGAAGCAGCGGCAGCCAGCGAGAACGGACACAAGCCGAGGGUAGAGUACGGUAGCCCUUAACGCCUCUCUGCCCCUUGCCCAGGGACGAGGACAGAAACCGUAGGAAGGAAAGGCAGCAGUGACAGUAACAGCGGGGCACUACGUUCUUACCCUACCCCACCCCCUACCUCGUUCCCAGCACCCCUGUCCCAGGGGCAACACCACCAGGAAGAAGUCGACAGAUUUCCCCUCCUCGACCACAAAGCUGCAAUAGGAGGCGGGGGCAAGGAGGCAGCUAUUCUGCCACCCAGGUGGUGGAGCAACCGCCGAGAGGCGCAGCGGCAGCGAGUGGCAGGAGGCAGAAUCUUCUCCCCUUUCCUUCUCUACUCCUCCCCCGCCCGCCAGCCCUCCCCGGAGGAGAAAGAGCAACAGCAGCCUGGGCGAGUAGGGACCAAUCUGCCCUUCCCCCCUCCCCUCCCCCUCCCUCCCUCCCCCGGGCCGGCAUCAUGUCCUCGGCGCAGGUGGCUUCCUCUCGGAGACAGUCCUGUUACCUGUGCGACCUGCCCCGCAUGCCCUGGGCCAUGAUUUGGGACUUCACAGAGCCAGUGUGUCGAGGCUGUGUCAACUAUGAGGGUGCAGACCGCAUCGAGUUUGUGAUCGAGACAGCCCGGCAGCUGAAGCGAGCCCACGGCUGCUUCCAAGACGGCAGAUCCCCCGGGCCGCCGCCGCCGGUCGGGGUCAAAACCGUGGCCCUUUCCGCUAAGGAGGCGGCGCAGCAACAGCAGCAGCAGCAGCAACAGCAGCAGCAGCAGCAGCAACAGCAGCAGCAGCUUAACCACGUUGACGGCUCUACAAAAGCCGCCGUCUUGGCCGCGCCGUCUGGCCUAGAGCGCUACGGUCUGAGUGCGGCCGCCGCGGCGGCGGCUGCGGCGGCAGCUGCGGUCGAUCAGCGAAGCCGCUUCGAGUACCCUCCGCCCCCGGGAAACCUAGGGGGCAGCGGGGGUAGCGGCCACGCCGCCAGGCUCCCUAACGGGCUGGGCGGCCCCAAUGGCUUUCCCAAACCGUCCCCUGAGGACGGGCCCCCGGAGCUGAACCGCCAAAGCCCCAACUCCUCGUCCUCCCGCCGAGGGGCACACGGGGGGCUGGUGACAGGGCUACCCCCUGGGAGUGGGAGUGGUGGAGGCGGCGGGGGUCCCCUGAACGUGCCCCCCAACCUGCUUCCUCAGACGCUGCUCAAUGGGCCGGGAGCAGCUGUGCUGCCCCCUCCCCACGGGCUAGGCAGCCGCCCUCCUCCGCAGGGCUCCGGGGUGGGCGGAGGCGGGGGUCCCUCCUGCCUUGGGGGGACCACCGUGGCCGCUGGCUCUUCGUCCUCUUCCUCAUCUUCGUCGUCUUCGACUUCUUCUUCAUCUUCAGAGGCCUGCGGUGGGGGCAAGCGGCCUGGCUCGGUGUCCAGUACCGACCAGGAACGGGAGUUAAAAGAGAAGCAGCGGAACGCGGAGGCCCUGGCAGAACUGAGCGAGAGCCUCCGCAACCGGGCGGAAGACUGGGCCAGCAAGCCCAAGAUGGUACGAGAGACCCUGCUGACUUUGGCCGGCUGCACCCCAUACGAGGUCCGCUUCAAGAAGGACCACUCGCUGCUGGGCCGCGUCUUUGCUUUCGACGCGGUCUCCAAACCGGGUCUGGACUACGAACUCAAGCUCUUUAUUGAAUAUCCCACAGGCUCGGGCAACGUGUUCUCCAGCGCAUCCGGAGUGGCCAAGCAGAUGUAUCAAGACUGCAUGAAGGACUUCGGCCGCGGCCUGUCUUCAGGUUUCAAGUACCUGGAGUACGAAAAGAAACAUGGCUCGGGAGACUGGCGGCUACUGGGGGACCUGCUGCCCGAAUCUGUGCGCUUCUUCAAGGAGGGAGUCCCCGGGGCAGACAUGCUCCCUCAACCUUACCUGGACGCCAGCUGUCCCAUGCUGCCCACAGCCCUGGUCACCCAUCCUCGAGGCACAGGUGGGACCGGGGGAGUCGUUGGGGUGCUCCCUCCUGCCAGCGCCUCCAACCGUGGGGGAACGGCUGGAUUGCGUAAGAGGAAAGCGUCCCCGGAGCCGCCGGACUCGGCCGAGGGGGCGCUGAAGCUGAGCGAGGAGCAGCAGCGCCAGCAGUGGAUGGCCAGCCAAAGCGAGGCCCUGAAGCUCACCAUGUCGGCUGGGGGGUUCGGGGCAGUGCAUGGAGCUGGGGGCCCGCCUCCGCCCCCACCCCCUCCCUUGGGGCCCCUCUCCAACCGGACCACCCCACCCGAAUCAGCCCCCCAGAAUGGCCAGUCCCCCAUGGCGGCCCUCAUGUCUGUGGCCGACACGCUGGGUAAUGCUCACUCGCCCAAGGACGGCAGCUCAGUGCAUUCCACUACGGCCACUCGAAGGAACAGCAGCAGCCCUGUGUCACCGGCCUCGGUGCCAGCCCAACGCCGCUUGGCAUCUCGAAAUGGGGAUAUAAACUUACAAGUGGCACCCCCACCACCCAGUACCCACCCGGGCAUGGACCAAGUUCACCCCCAAAACAUUCCUGAUUCCCCCAUGGCCAACAGCGGCCCCCUGUGCUGUACCAUUUGUCACGAACGUUUGGAGGACACACACUUUGUGCAAUGCCCUUCCGUGCCCAGCCACAAGUUCUGUUUCCCCUGUUCUAGGGAGAGCAUCAAGGCCCAGGGGGCUACCGGCGAGGUAUACUGCCCCAGUGGCGAGAAAUGCCCCUUGGUCGGUUCUAACGUACCGUGGGCUUUCAUGCAGGGGGAAAUCGCGACUAUCUUAGCUGGGGACGUUAAAGUGAAAAAAGAGAGAGACCCUUAAAACCCAGCAAAAUCCCCUUUUGGCCUCAACCUUACCCCCAGUCUCCUCCAAGCCAGAUCCCCCCCACUCCCUCCUAGUCUACAACCCUUCCUCCCCUUACCACGAAGAUGUAGAAUUGUGAAUAUAACAAAACUGCAAAAAGUUAGUCUUAUGUAUAGACAUUAUUUUCGUCGUAUGUUUCUAUAUUUUGAAACAAAGGUAUGUAACUCUUCUUCAUUUGAAGGAUAGAGCUGGUUUUUGUUAAACAGAAUAUAAUAUUGUUUGGUUACUUACACAAUACCUGUUUUUUCUCAUUUAUUUGGUGGCAGUGUGUUUGCCUAGGUACAACAUUUACUAGCCCUUAGCAAUUACCUGCUGCUGCUGUGUAUUUUUGUAAAUGUUAUGCACUUCUCUAAAAGGAAAAAAAAGAAAAAAAAAGAAAAACACCUUUUACUUCUUGCCAAGGCCAGUGUUGAUGCCUAAAAAAAAAAAUUGCUACAAAAAUGGUGAUCAGCUUCUGUUUUACCAAGCCCUGAGUGUUUAGUCUUCACUUAAUUUUGUUUUGUUUUGUUUUGUUUGCAAAACAGUGAGGGAGGGGGAGUCUGGGGGUGGGGCUGGGGAGGGGGGGAGGGUGUUUUUUGUUGCAAGUUUGUAAGGGAAAAAAACUGUUUCAGUUUGUUUCUAUUGAUCUGAACGUUUUUAAUCUUCAUGUGUUUUUGUUUUUGCUUUAUUGAUGCACGGAUGCUUUUGAGCAGUAGAGCAAAAUGCUGUACAUGGAAAACAUGCUCUGUUUGUCCUUUAUACAUUUCUGUAGUUAACAGAACACUGUAAUGUGCCUUGGAGCUUAGUAACUUGUAAUAAAUUCAAUUGAUAUUAAUA